AUGGAAGCGAAGGACGCCCGGCGAAGAUUAGUUCAGUCGACCCUGUUUCCUCGCGCCGACAGCUCGAUCAAAGCCUGUGCAAAUCGCGAUGGCGAUAAAGGUGAAGAGGCGGCUGAGGGAAGUCAGGAGGAACGUGGAGGUAGCAAAAAGAGGAGUGGAGGUAAGAGGAAGGGCAAUCCGAAGUCAGUGAAGACGACGCGAGCUUCUCCUAAGGAGGUCAUAGAGAAUGGUGAAGAAACUUCAAGCCAGCAAGAUGAUAACAGUUCACCAGUUCUCUUGAAGUCCAAUUUCUUUGUAAAGGUCUCCGAGCGGCAGCAAGAGAAAAUUCAACGAGAUCAGCCGAUACUGGUUGAUUCCCCUGAAGGCAAUGAAAAUCUGUCUUCACCUCCUAGACCUGUUGCAAAAUGUAGGAGUACACCUCGCAAGCUGAAGGGGCAUGAUAACUCAACUCCAAGAAAGGAAAGGAGGAAUUCAACACCCAACAAAAAGAUGAAAAGCGGCAAAAGAGAAUUAUGCUGCAAACAGAUCCCAUUUGACCUUGCAAUGGAUGAACAGAAAUUGCCAACAAUUCCUGAUCUCAGAUUGGAAGCAAAACUGUCAGCAGAGGAAAAUUCACGUGUAUUUUCUGGACGACAAAUCCAUCCAUUUUUCACGUCAUGGAAAGGGGGAAAGUCAAGCCAAGAUAUGAUUGAUUCAGAUAGUAAGUGUUCAUCCUUCGAGAGGAAAGAAAAAGGCUUUUCUUUCAACCCUAUCCACGUAUUUGAGGAUGCUGAGGGUGAUCAACCGACACUCAACUGGGGAGAUUGGAUUUUUACUGAAAGAAGUGCCAUUGAUGAUCUAGAUUUUGGAUGCUCACCAGUUUAUGAAGGAUCUAUUGACUCCUUAAAUUUUGAUAACUUUCUGAAUUCUUCUCAUUUCACACGAUUUGCGUUAUACCAGAACUCUCACUUGUGUUCCGUCGAACAAAAUGAGGUUUCUGGGCUGCCCAAUAACACAGAACAUUCAAAUCUCCUCUCACCCAUAUUAAUUGCUGAGGAAAGAGAAGUAUGCGUUGACCAACAAAAGGAUUGUGUGCUGCCAAAAGAUGUAGAUGAUAUAAUUGUUGAGACAAUUGAAUCAUUGCAGGUAUAUAUUUUUGCACUUUUUGACAUUUUUUCAUUUUUGUUAUUGCUAUUCAGGAUCAUGUCCCACUAUCAUACUUCCCAGAAUCUAACAGAGAAUUGCUUAUGGACAGACAAAUACCAGCCUCAGAAUGCCAAGCAGAUAUGUGGUAAUGGCGACUCUGUAGAAUGUUUAAGUGAAUGGCUUCAUAAUUGGCACAAAACAGGCACCCAAACCAGUAGAGGUUGUAUAAAUGGAGAUCAUUCAAAAGAUAGCGAUCUUGAUUAUGUGGAUAGUGACUCUGAUACCGACAGUGUUGAAGAAAGCUUGAAGAAUGUUCUCUUAGUGACUGGACCUGUUGGGAGUGGGAAAUCAGCUGCCAUAUAUGCAUGUGCCAGGGAUCAAGGAUUUCACAUUAUUGAGAUAAAUGCAUCAGAUUGGCGUAAUGGAGCUCUAGUAAAGCAAAAAUUCGGCGAGGCUGUGGAAUCUCAUUGGCUUCAGCGCACAGUUGAAAAUGCAACAAAAUCAGAAAACAAAUCCCUACCAAAGUUUUUUAAGCCUGUCAAUGCAGGCAUAGAGUCAUCUGAUGAUGAAGUUAUUGAAGUGACACCUUUAUCGGAUAAGAAAGAUGCUCAAGAUAUUGACUCAUGGCCAAAAAUAUCAGCCCCUGAGCAUAAUCGAUCUUCUAAUUGUCAGAGUGAGAUUAAAACCUUGAUUCUUUUUGAAGAUGUGGACGCCACUGUUGAAGAAGAUCAUGGUUUUAUUUCGACUAUACAACAACUUGCUGAGACAGCCAAAAGGCCCAUGAUACUAACGAGUAACAGUGAUUUUCCUGUCCUUCCAAAGAAUUUGGAUAGGUUGGAGUUAAGUUUUUCUGCUCCAUCAAUGGACGAGCUUAUUGGACUUGUCUCUAAGAUUUGUGCUGCAGAGAAAGCAAAUAUCCAUCCUUGCUUGAUAGAAAGAUUUGUUAAUUAUUGUGAAGGUGACAUUCGGAAAACCAUCAUGCUUCUCCAGUUUUGGUGCCAGGGUCAAACACCUGAGAGAGGUAAUAAACUGCACCCAACAUACUGGCCAUUACUCUUUGAUCUAGACGCCGGGCAUGACAUCCUACCGAGAGUAAUCCACUGGGGUCACCCUUCACAGCUGUCUGAGCGUGUGGCUGACACGAUUGUUAAGUCUUUGACCUUGAUGAAACAAACCCAUUGCUUAACAGACACAAAGGUAGAGGACAUGAACAUUUAUGGCAUGGAAGAUAAUAAUAUUUAUGCCCAUAUUGCUCACCGAGACCCUAUCGAAGUGAAAAAAGAAGCAAUGUUAAGCCUGCAAUGUCCGUUUGAUGAAGUUGAAUGCGCACGGUUUGAUGCCAAUUCUGAGCUUUAUGAUUUCUCUGGCUCCCCAAUUGCAAAAGAACAGCAAAAAAACCGUAGAAGGACCAAUAUGGUUCUUUCUUCUGAUUCUGAGGAUGAGUACAUUCCCUCAAUAGAUUUUAAUAGUAAAAUUCUUGAAACGGAAAAAACACCAACUUUUGAUUCUGAAGAACAAUUGGAGAACAGUUUUCAGCUUGUCGAAAGAGGAGAUUUUUCUCAAAUGGAAUAUGCUUGUGAAUCACGAGAUGUGUCAUGCGUUCCAGAAUCCUCAUUUGUUCCCGAGACGGAGAUUCUCAAUGAGACGGAAUUAUACUCCACGGCAGUGUCUUAUGGUCAUUUUAUCGAUAAAACAGGGGAGAUUUGGAUAUUCCAAGAUGAAGAUUCAUUACUUUCCAAUUCAGAGUACACGAAAGCUUUGCAUGUAACGUGCAACGAUCUGGAAAUGCUAGAAAAUAAUUCCAAUUGUGCCACAGUUUGUGUCAAUCAAGAGGAGGUGGGGGACUCCCUUUUGAAAUUCGAGGGGGAUGGUCCGGGAAGAUAUCAGCCGUUGGAUGAGUGUAGCCGUAUGGAUUUCAUGAGAUUGAAACCUUUUGAAAACUCCGAGGCUGAUCAGCCGACUGAUUUCGUGAAAAAUGCGUGGAAAAAGCUUCAAGAAGGAUGCGAGGGUUUAAGCAGUCAUGUCACUGUGGAGGAGAAAACUGCUCGACGGGGCUUGAUAUUUACUCAUGGAAUGAGUGAUUUGAUCUCGGAUGCUGAUUUGCUAUUGAAGGACUGCCAGACUUCAGUUUUCGAUUCUUUGGGAUCAUCAAUGGUUCUUACUGAGAGAACGCAUUUGUAUACCUACUAUGAUUGUCAAAUGGAGAUGUCGUCUGUUCUUGCUCAGCACGGGAUAUGUUUCUACGCUAAGGAGAUUGCCUCCUUGGGUUCGGUUGUUGGGCCCACAGACAUCUCGGUUUUGGCCUCAGAAAUGGUGUCUUCAUCAUCAAGCUCAGUUGCACUGGGGAAGUUGGCUAGUCAGGACCAAAGAAAGGCCUUCGGGUCUGAUAGUAACACAACUAAACGUCCCAAUGUUUUGACGAGCAAAUCAGACUCACCUUUGAGCAAUAUACUUCAAACCAUAAUCCCCUCAAGAUCAUACCUAGCUGCAAUGGGCCCUGCAUUUCACGAGUACAUCUCAACUUUGAGCCAGAUUUCAAAAUAUGAAGUCUCCCGUUUAUCCGAAUGCACCAGAAAGAAGCAAAGAAGAGCACGUGCGCCACGUCAUUAUCUCACUUCUGGUUCGUUAGCUAUGACAUCCGAAGAAAUAUCUUUGUUGAGUCAAUACACUGGCUAUCAAAACACUCCCUUAUCUUCUUAG